AUGAUGCACUACAACCAAUACCUCUUCUGCAUAUUAUGCUUCUAUCUUGCUUCGUCUUCGUUGGCAUUCUCGACAAGCCCACUCGCUGGAAAAAUCCAUGGACAACGUGUCGAAACAGCUCUGUUUUACGAUGAAUCAUUGGACAAGGCACGAUCAGCCGAGCCUCUUACUCUCACAGCAGAGGACUUGGCAACACUUCAUAAUCUAAGAACUCGGGUGGUAACCAUUCCAAUUGUGUUGAUGGACGCAAUCUUACCGCAACAGGAACUCUCUUUUAUCAGUGAUGAUCGUAAGGCAGCUCUCAUGCUCAAGCAUGCUCUAGAGAGUGAAACACCAGAAAUUGGAGUCAUCGGUUUCAACCCACACGACGGAUCGCCACUUAACAAAGGAGUCACUGCACCAAUUGCACCAGAUCAAAUUACUUACGGAAUUGAAAGCGAUUCCGACAUGUCCAUGGGAAUCAAACUAAAAGGGCAUCGAUGCUUUGACGUUUUGGGUGAACCAUUUAUGGACGACACGAAUUCCUUCUACCUUGCCAAUGUUGAAAUCACCGACCGCCGAAAAGAGACCAUGACCGAAGAGAUGGAAGAAAAGGCAGAAAAGUACUUUUCCAUGAUCGAAGAUCAGGUUGGAGAUUUUGUGUAUUGGAUGAAAAAGGAAGAAAUAAUGAGUAACGACGAACUGACAGAGCAUUUGGAAACUCUUGGUCCCCUUCCAGAUGACUUGAAAGAGCGUGCCUUGUGGGUUGGGUCGCUGGUCAAUCCAGUUCCAGCGUUGUCAGACGUAUGCCCUGACAUUCGUCCAGCUUUGCUUUCUUGUCGAAACUCACAUGAUAGGCUCGCUGUUGCAUCAAUUGCAUUGCACGCUGGCAUCGAUCGGCUGUCGAACGCUCGGCAUUGA